AUGAAGUACAUUCUCAUUGCCUCUCUCCUUUCCUCCGCGGUUUACGCUGCUCCCCUCGCCCAGGUCCAGAACCAGCAACAGCAGCAGACUGGCCAGACCCAGCAAAACAACCCCAAUGCUCCUCAACCUGUUACCAACAAGCCUACUGGUCAGGGUGCCGGUAUCGCUGGUGGUCAAACUCCCACUUCGGCCGAUCUUGCCACAGCCGUCGCCAACUGGAUGGCCGACACCUCCAUGGUCUCCAACUUCUUGAACACCGGUGCCAGCAUCCAGAACAACGUCCAGUUCAAGCAGGCUGCUACCGUCGCCUACAACGCUGAGGUCGACGAGCUCAACCACAAGGCCAUCAUCGAUGCUGCCAACGGCAACAUGCCCAGCGUCAUCGCUGCCAACAGCACCCUCGCCACCGGUGGUUCUUUCCAGGAUGUCGUUACCAAGCUCCAGAUCAUGAGCCAGCAAGGUAUGGCUGCCGCAACACAUCGACCUGAUCAACCAGAACCGUUGCGUCAAC